GGAUGAUGGAGGAGCAUGAGUGAGGUGUGUGAUGUGAAUGGAAAAGAAUCAAACAAAAUAAAGGGUGGGUCUCUCCCCCACACCACUCAUUCUAUUGAGACAAAAGAGGAUACUCACCCCCUUCCCUCUUCACCACUCGGCCACACCCUCAAGAGAAGGAGAAAAUCCCAGAAAAAUAGCAUCUUCCAUAGCCAAGGACAAGCUAAAGCUCAAGGAGGUCCAAAGGAAAGGUUUAGGGGAGGAAAAACUAGGUGGAUUAAGGAACUUGAUUAAAGUAUCUUUGAGCUUCGCCGGAGUUUCGCCGGAGUUGGUCAAAGUUGGCCGGAGUUGGUCAAAGUUCGCCAAAGUUCAACCGGGAAGUGUAGAACGCGCUUAAGCUCACUUAAGUUUCAGGUCGGGAUUAAAGCUUGCCGCUACCGCCGUUGUAUCGGAGAAUUCAAGAGAAGAAGACGUGAAAUGGAGCCAAUUGGAAGGAUCACGAGGAGGAACCCGAUGGGCCGUGUACCGGGUGGGUCCGAACGCGGCAGUCGGGGGUCCACUAGGGUGUCCAGGGGAAGGGGCCGUGGAGGCCAACAACAAACCGUGAGCGAUGGCCACGUGGACACUGAGAGUGAGACUUAUUGGUCCUAUGAGGACUCAACCUAUAGGCCGGAAACCGAGCCGGUGGAAACCCCAUAUGAUGGGGAAGAUGACGAUGUAAGUGAAGAGAGUGAAGACGAUGGCACUCUUGGGAGGAUCGAGGCGCUGCUCCAACAAUACCACCGGGAGCGCGAAGAGAGGAGACAACGCCGAAGGCGCCGAACGGGGCAACCUUCGGGCAUGGCUUCGAGAGGAGGAAGCCAAGGUGCUUCUAGAGUCCAUGUUGAACCACAUGGAGGCCAAAAUGUGGGAGGUCC